AUGACGGAAAUGGUGGAUGCUGAUUACAACAAGGGCACACCGAUUGUCUCUUCCCAACUAGAUUUUGGAGGCGAUGACGCACAACAGAACCGCCAAAGGAGAGCAACCUUUGAUCGUUUGCAACGCAUUGUCGAAUCAUUGACAGAGCUGGAAGACAACAAGGUGUCAUUGAUUUGGCACAGUGACCGAGAAGUCAACCAUUCGGGUGUUCUACCCAUCAAUUCCCUGCUCUUUCAAGCUACCGGCGUAGAUCCCGACGAUCCAUUGACCAUUGUGGCGAUUGUCCCGUCGUCUACCAAAGUCAAUAUCCCAAAGUUGGAGGCUUAUUUGGAGCAAGAUAAUCACGAUGAAAGAAUACCCAAUCAACGAGUUUCGUGUUCCUUGGUUCCAGCCGAACAGGUGGAGGCAGAAUGUGGCUUUCCUCCUCAGUCGGUACCACCACUGGGACAUGUCCCUCAUACAAUCCGCAUCAUUGUGGAUGCAUCAUUGCAUCACAAUCCGGACACCAUACUCCUUGGUGGAGGAGGUUGUCCCAAAAUUGGUCUCUUGGUAGCCGCUGAGAUUCUCCUCAAAUUGGAAGGCACUGAACUGGCCAGUACUACCAACCUAUCAUCUCCACCUGAAACCAGUACAACAGAUGACGAGGAAGAUGAGACUAUUCUACAGCAACCAUCCACUCCACCAGUCAGAUUUCCAAUCUCCCCUGUCGUAAAGCCAUUCUUUCCACUACCCCCGCCUACCCUGGAGCAAGUAGAAGACGUCUUGUCCAAUCCGGAUCGACCGAAUCCACUCCAGCCGAUUCCCUUUACAUUUGUGGGUCGCAUCAAUGGCAUUCGACGCAUGGCACGGCGACUUGUCUUUUGCGACAUGGCACCACCAGACUAUGUGGGUACGGGGACCAAAUUGGACACUUUAGACUUGCCCUGGAAGUCCGCCAUUGACCAAGAGGACAUGGCGGCACAAUUGAUUGCUGGCAAGACGUUUUGUAAGAAUCGAGGUGACGGUGCCGAAGCCCUCCGGUCCUUGCGGGUGGGACAGCUGAUACUAGUGGAAGGAAAGACCAAUGUGGGAAAUCGAGAAUCACUGCAGCAUUGGAAGGACAAGAGAUCACUGGAUAUUGUCGUCUUUGACUAUAGAGUGUUGGAAGAGGCUCCACCGAAAGAGUUUUUGCGUCGUCGAGGAGGCUCUCGCAGUAUACAACAGCAACUACCAUUAUUGGACCAAAGGCAAAAGGCAAAUGGCCAACAAUCUUCGGCUGUUCCACCAAACCCAGAGGACUGUCUGCAACUUUUGGAUGUUCUCACAAAGAUCAAUGGCGAUUCUCCCGUUCAAUUGGUCGACAGCAAAGAGUCUGUCAUGGACUUUCAGCAGAAUCUCGAGCACCUUUCUUCCAUCAGAACCAAUGGCGACAAUUCACCAAUCAUGACUGGGAUCGACUGUGAAUGGAAGCCAAACUUCAUGUUGACGUCUCCAGCGGAGCAUCAACCGGUCCUGUUGCUCCAGAUCAGUUUACACGACCUCCAGAAAGUAUAUCUCUUUGAUUUACAAGCCCUGUUGCGGCCAUGUCUAAAGCCCUCCGAGACUGCAAACGAAUUGGAGCAAGUCACAUCAGAUGCGCUGACCCAGCUGUUUGGGUCCUCUGGAUUCCUCAAGGUUGGCUUUCAGGUCUCAAACGAUUUGCAGCAACUGGCAGGGAGCUACCCACAUAUCCCGGCGUUUCAGACCUUUCAUGCCGUCCUGGAAGUAGGAUCGGUUGCCAAGGUAGCUCUGCAACUUGGCAAGGUAGCAAAGGCUCGGCAGCACACGAAUUCGCUUUCCCGAUUGACGGAAUGUCUUCUUGGGAAACCAAUAAACAAGCAAGAGCAGAUAUCAGACUGGUCGAUUCGACCGCUGACAGAAUCCCAACAAUGUUAUGCCGCUAUGGAUGCCGCUGUGACUCCUGUGCUCCUGGAAAAAUCACUGGCGCUGGCAGAGGUUUCAUGGCUUGGAAAGUUCCAGCUUGGUCGGCACUCGGGUGACAGUGCAUUUGCCCGGACUGUGUCCUCGGUUCGAUUUGUGUUUCUGGAGAACGACAACCCAGCGGCCGUUCGGAAACUCAAUGCCAAGAAAAUCGUCUCCAAUCAGUGGAUCGUUUCGCAGUCAUGGGUUACCGGGAGAGAUGAACCCGCCUUGCCUAGCGCUCCAGAGACAGGCAAUGGACCCUACGUGGAUUUGGACGGAACCUAUCGCGUCCCUGCCAUCAGCUUGGCCGUACAGAACGCUACCGUAGCACAUAGUUUGGCAGGCCGUCUGAUGGGUGGGUCCAAAGACAAAUGUCUCGCGGCGAUGCUGUCCGAAAACAACCCAGCUUUUCCCAGAGGGGCAAAGUUAGAGUACCACCAACGCUCAGGAUACGUCGAAUUCGACGACUGCGUGGUACUGUUUGUCAAUUCACCACUAAGACCGGGAGAUGCUCCUCGUCGUCGUGGCCAACGUUAUCCCAAUCAAUGGCUGGAGCAGGGCAAGUUCCUGACCUGGUUCUUGCGCUAUAACGAGUGGCAAGAUGGGACUUCUCAGUUGGGGCAAAAACUGUCGGGAGGAAAGCUUGCUACCAGUGUUUUAUUUGUUCGCAUGGACAAAGGGGGCUUUCUAUGUUGCGGGCGCUGUCGUGUCAAUCAACCUCUAGUAGAGGAGGGGCAAGAAAAUGGGGGACUGGCCGAGCUGAAGCUGGAACUAUUGGACAGGGACAAACUGCAAAGUCUUGGCUACUUUGCCGACAUGGCACUUUCGCCUUGUUGA